ACAUUUCUGAGCAACAACGAACGACGGACGGCGAUUCAAUUCAGUGGUGGUGGCUUAGCCCAGAUCUCUGUCUCUGUCUCUCUCUCGGCCGCAGUCAUCACCCUACGACCUGCAGCCCAAGCCAUACAUCUACACUUGAGAGCGAGGAGAGGACGUACGCAUCGCAGCAGCAGCAACAACAGCAAGCAGCGUCAUGAGGAGUUGCAGCUAGUUAGCUAGCUGGCGCCUGGCGGCAAUGAACUUGCAGCAGGAACACCUGUUGUUCUCGGUCUCCCGGCCUGCUUCCAGGCCGUCGGCGGCAACGACGACGGGCUUCCAGGACCACGGGCUCGGCGGCUUCCAGGUGAUCGCCACCGACGGCGGCGCCGGCCCGGCCGCGCCCUGGUGGGCCGCCGCCGCUCCCCAGGGGUGCGCUGCGGCCAAGUUCCCGAUCGGCUCACCGCCCUCAGGCGGCGAUCCAGACCUUCGGCGGCACGAGCUGAGGUUCGUCCACGACCACGAGUCGUCGUCUGCGCCCGCCGGUGGGGCAUCAUCAGCCGCCAUGGCCGCGCACCCGGAGCUGCUGCUGCUGGACAGGUACCAGUACCACCACCAUGGCCGCUUCGACCUGACCGUUGGGCAAUCCAUGGUGCUUAACAACGACAGCGCCAUUGCUGGCCAUCAGAUCUAUGGCGCCACUGCGUACUAUCAUCCCUUCUACGGAGCCCAAGCUCUGCACGGGAGGGUGCUCCUGCCGCCGGCGAUCGCGGCCGACGAGCCGGUCUACGUGAACGCCAAGCAGUUCAACGGCAUCCUCCGGCGGCGCCUGGCGCGCGCCAAGCGGGCGGCCGCCACGGACCGCCGGGUCUCCGGGAGCCGCAAGCCGUACCUCCACGAGUCACGGCACCUGCACGCGCUGCGCCGGGCGCGGGGCACCGGCGGCCGCUUCCUCAACACCCGGAGCCGCGACGGCGACCCCGAGGCCGGCAGCGCGGGGAAGGCGGCGAGGCUGCAGGAGGAGGACCGGCAGGCGGACGCCGUGUUCCUCUCGUCGUUGGCGAGCAUGGCGGGCGGCGAUGCCACCCGGUGGCCCAGCGCGCCGUCGCGGGGGCGGGGCUGCUGCGACCUGCUCAAGGCGUGACGGACGGCCGUGCGUCGCCUGGUGGUGGCCGUGGCUCUCUAGGACGCCUACUCACUGAUUCUUGGCUCCCGGUGUGUGAGCAGACUGCAGAGGGAGAUGCAGCAGCGACUUGUGUUGUCAAUGUUUCGUGCAGAGUUGCAGACCCUUUUCAAACACCUUUCCUUUUGUUUGAUUUGACGAGAUCGACGGAUGUGGUCACUGUUCAA